AUGGCCCGAAAUAUCCGCUCGGUGGAUUCCGCCGAGCAUCAAAGCUCAUUUAGCCGGUCCUUCACAUCCAGCUCGCCCAUUGCCGCCUCGGCAAUUGCACGAGACCUCGCAGACUACAGCGACGAAGAUCAAACACCCACCGAUGAAGCUUCCGACACCUCAACGGCCCGUCCGCCCGGCAGCUAUGCCAGCACCAACCCCCGCUCUUUAGCCGGUUCAUAUCGCCGCCCAGGUUACUUCACAUCUCAAACCCUAUCUCAAAGCGAGCGCGAGCAAAUCAUUGAAGAAGAACGGCACCUACUGAGUGAUAACCAUGUUAUCGCGCCCGAGCAUGCGCAUGGCAAGUCCCACGGGCUGCAGCGUAAGAUGAGCGGUUUGCUAUCCGCUGCUAUCGGCCAAGGGUCGCAGUCCCGACGGCCUAGUGGAUCAUCUCGACGUUCUAGAAGCGGGGAUCCCGAGACGGACGGUGCAAGCGAAGUCACUGCUCUACUUGGAGAGCGCGCUGAAGAUGCCGAGGGUAGUGACCUGGACUUGGAAGAGAUUGACCGGAAAUGGGGAGAAGCCGUCGCAGCUGGUUUGAUCCAGACGACGUGGCAGCGCGAAGCAAAGGUUAUUAUGAAAUACUCUUUGCCGCUCAUGGUCACUUUCUUGCUGCAGUACUCUUUGACUGUGGCCAGUAUCUUUACUAUUGGCCAUCUUGGAAAGGAAGAGCUUGGAGCUGUCAGUCUUGCGAGUAUGACUGUGACAAUCACCGGAAAUGCGGUGUACUCGGGUCUGGCGACCAGUUUGGACACGCUUUGUGCGCAGGCCUAUGGCUCUGGGAAGAGGAAGCUGGUGGGUCUGCAGAUGCUGCGUAUGGUUUAUUUCCUUUGGACUAUCACCAUUCCAAUUAUGAUUCUCUGGUAUUUCUCCGAGCAUAUCCUCGCCAAGAUUGUGCCAGAGAAGGAGGUUGCUGAGAUGGCAGGUGUGUAUUUGAAGAUUGCUCUCUUGGGAACACCAGGAUUCGCUCUCUUCGAGAGUGGUAAGCGAUAUCUCCAGGCCCAGGGUGUGUUUUCUGCCUCCCUAUAUGUCCUCAUCAUCUGUGCGCCACUGAAUGCUUUUAUGAACUGGUUCUUUGUCUGGAAACUUCAAUGGGGCUUUAUUGGGGCUCCGAUCGCCGUCGUAAUCACAGAAAAUCUCCUCCCGCUCUGCCUGUUUGUCUACGUUUAUUUCUUCGUGGGAUCCGAGUGUUGGUGCGGAUUUACCAAACGAGCAUUCCAGAACUGGGGCCCAAUGGUCCGUCUCGCACUCCCUGGGCUGAUCAUGGUCGAGGCAGAGUGUCUGGCCUUCGAAAUUUUGACCUUGGCGUCAAGCUAUCUCGGCACAUCAGCACUCGCAGCGCAAUCCAUCCUCGCAACAAUCUCCAGCAUUACAUGGCAGAUUCCAUUCCCGCUCUCUAUUGCGGGUAGCACGCGGAUAGCAAAUCUGAUUGGGGCGACUUUGGUCGAUGCCGCAAAGACCUCUGCGAGAGUGAGCUUCUGCGGAGCAGCCAUGGUUGGCGUGUUCAACAUGGUCCUCCUCUCAACUUUGCGGUCGUACAUCCCCAGGUUGUUCAGCUCCGAUCCCGAAGUCGUCGAAAUUGUAGCGCAGGUGCUUCCGCUCUGCGCGGCCUUCCAGCUUUUCGAUGCUCUCGCGGCAAACUGCAACGGUAUUCUCCGUGGUCUGGGUCGCCAGGAAGUGGGCGGCUAUGUCCAACUCUUUUGUUACUAUGUGAUUGCCAUGCCUCUUAGUAUGGGAACGACAUUUGCUUUGAAUUGGGGUGUUAUGGGCUUGUGGACCGGGGUUGCCCUUGCCCUUGCCCUUGUUUCCUUCAUCGAGGCCAUCUUUAUCAGUCGGGCUAAUUGGAAUCGCUCAGUCGAGGAAGCUCAAAAGAGGAAUGAGCUGACUUAA